AUGGCUGAUGCUGAUGUUCAGCACGCUGCGAACGUAGCAUUACCGCGCUCGCCGCCCGGCGAAGAACCUCCCACUAGCUUGCUUCAACGGUCGACCACUGCUACGUACAGUCCCGAAAGCGCUGAGGCCGGACCUACAGUAAUUUUGGCGGGGCCAGUGGAGCCGGAUCCUACGUUCACGAGCAGCACUAGUACCCCAUCCGAUGUUGCUCACGACGGACCUCAACCGACGAAUGGGGCAAACGGCACAUACCGUACCGAAAGCCCACCCACUCCGGGACCGCCUACUCCUCCCGCGAAGGCCAUCGACGAGAUCCAUGAGCCGGUCACUCCGCCUGCGCGCAACGACUCGCGGAAGUCAGCGAACCGUCCAGCUGGUUUACAACUGAACGGCCAUAUCCCAUCAACGCCGUCAACGCUGCAGCCCCCAACACCUGGGUCUGCCACCCAUAAACGCUCCCUUACUAUGUCACGGGGAAAUACCGUGUCUGUAGUUCUGAUUUCCUCUGCACUGGAGACGAUCGCUGCUUCGCGAGAGGCAAAGAGGUCUGCACCAUUGAAGGAGAGCGUUCAGCGAGCACUGGAGAUGGUUCGCGCCGGAGAAGGUGGCGACAAACCCAGGGAAAUUUUCGAGCCCUUACGCCUCGCUUGCGAGACCCGGAACGAGAAGCUCAUGAUUGCAAGCCUCGACUGCAUAUCCAAGUUAAUAUCGUACUCCUUCUUCGUCGACCCCGAUGCCGAAACCCAUGAUUUUGCAUCGCCGCCCCCAUCCCCACGUCCCUCCCGACAUUCCACCUCAGGCUCACAAGCCAGCAUACCCCCUCCCUCGCUCGUGGAUCUCGUCGUGCACACCAUCACAGCUUGCCAUACUGAGACCACCCCUGAUCCCGUCUCUCUGCAGAUAGUCAAAGCAUUGCUCGCCAUCGUUCUCUCUUCCACCACUCUGGUACACCAAUCUUCGCUCCUGAAGGCAGUUCGGACCGUCUACAACGUGUUUCUGUUGAGCACGGACCCCAUUACCCAAACAGUUGCUCAGGGCGGUCUCACACAGAUGGUGCAUCAUGUGUUCACCAGGUGUAAGGUAGAGGCGGAUUCAACGGCCCCCACGUAUAGUGAACAGGAACGCAUGGAUCUGGGGACUCCCCGGAGUGUAUCGUCUUCCAAACGACCGUCAACGUCGGCCUCCACUCCCGAGACACAUACGUUACCGCCGCUCACUCCGCCAGCUCUCUCAGAGAACGGUGUUGUCGCCAAUGCAGAACGACAAGAUUCACAGAUAGCGGACGAGGCUAUCGAGCGGGUCAACGGGUCGCCAGCUGUGGGGACCUACGUUGACAACGCUGAGGAGGCUGCCAGCACAGCUGGGACUAGGACGCAAAGAGAUGCCUCCGUUCAGAAUUCCGACCAUGAAGCACAGCGUCCAUUCCAUCAGCUGUCCGCCAACGACCUCUUCGUCAAGGACGCCUUCUUGGUGUUUCGCGCACUAUGCAAAUUGACCAUGAAGCCGUUGAAUUCUGAAAGCGAACGUGACCUAAAAUCGCAUUCUAUGAGAUCCAAACUUCUCUCGCUCCACCUCGUCUUGACCGUCCUUAACUCGUACAUGCCGCUUUUCGUCUCUCCAUCUGCCCUCAUUUACUCGAGCUCUUCUCACGAAGCCACGCCCUUUGUUCAAGCCGUCAAUCAGUACCUGUGCCUAAGCUUAAGCCGCAACGCCGUCAGCCCUGUUCCUCAGGUUUUCGAGCUGAGCGUCGAAAUAUUCUGGAGGGUUCUCUCCGGGAUGCGAACGAAGUUGAAGAAAGAGAUCGAAGUACUCUUGCAUGAGAUCUUCAUCCCUAUUAUAGAGAUGAAAAGUUCGACGCUUAAGCAGAAGGGCGUCAUUCUUGGCAUGUUCUACCGGCUUUGCCAAGAUCCGCAGGCACUAGUCGAGAUCUACCUAAACUACGACUGCGACAGCGAGGCCAGCGAUAACAUUUACGAGCACAUCGCCAAUUUAAUCUCGAAAAUCGCAACGAGCCAAAUCAGCGGAACCCAACAGAAGAGCGCUGAACCACCAAGUCCGUCCGUCGCUCCGACGACCAAGACUCCUCAUAGCAGCGUACCGCCUUCAUAUACAACCACGUCUUUAGCAGUCUCUGGGAGCAUUGACCCGUCCACCGUGGGGUUAUCCGAGCGGCAACUCAAACGUCAAGGCCUUGAGUGCCUCGUCGCGAUCUUGAAGUCCCUGGUAGUUUGGGGCACCGCUAGCAGUAAAACAGUCGUGGACCCUACCGACACCAUCUCACGGACCAUCAGCGACGAUAGCCAUCAGGAUACGUUAGUUGCGGACAACGCUUCUCAAUCACAGGAACGGUUCAGUUUGUCCUCCGCCCUGGAAGCGACACGUCAGGCGACGCCAGACCUUGGUGAUGACCCUAACCGAUUCGAAAGUGCUAGGCAAAAAAAGACGACAUUGCUCGAAGGUGUCAAGAAAUUCAAUAUGAAACCCAAAAGCAACCAGGGUGUCGAAUUCUUCUUAGAAACUGGCUUCAUACCCAACCGAAAUCCUCAGGACAUCGCGAAAUUUCUGCUGUAUACUGACGGCUUGAGCAAAGCAAUGAUAGGAGAGUAUCUCGGAGAAGGAGACGAACAGAACAUAGCCAUCAUGCAUGCUUUCGUGGACCUUCUCGACUUCAAAGAUUUAUCAUUUGUCGACGCCUUGCGACUUUUCUUGCAAUCGUUCCGUUUGCCUGGUGAAGCUCAGAAAAUUGAUCGCUAUAUGCUUAAAUUCGCGGAGAGAUACAUCGCUGGUAAUCCGCAGACGCCGUUUGCAAACGCUGAUGCCGCAUAUGUCCUGGCCUAUUCAACCGUCAUGCUUAACACGGAUCAACAUAAUCCUCAGGUCAAGAAACGAAUGACCAAAGCUGAUUUCAUCAAAAACAAUAGAGGCAUCAACGACGGCGUGGAUCUUCCCGAGGAAUACUUGUCGUUGGUGUUCGAUGAGAUCGCAAGCAAUGAAAUUCGGAUGAAGGAUGAAGUGGAGGCCGCAGUCGAUAUCAUCACCCCAAACGUCGGUAUUGCAGGCGCGCUUGCCAACGUCGGCAGAGAUCUUCAGCGAGAAGCAUAUAUAAUGAAAUCUCAUGGCAUGGCGAACAAGACAGAGGCGUUACUACGAACAAUGAUGCGAUCGCAUCGUCGAGGUUCUAAAGCGGAAGAUCAGUUCUUCAGCGCGUCCCAUUUCGUUCACGUCCGCCCGAUGUUCGAGGUCGCGUGGAUACCCUUCCUCGCGGGCCUGUCCAAUCCACUACAGGACACGGACGACCUGGAGAUAGUUGAACUGUGCUUAGAUGGCUUUAAGAGCGCUAUAAGGAUCGUAUGCUUCUUCGAUCUCGAACUGGAACGCAAUGCUUUCGUCACGACGCUUGCCAAAUUCACGUUCUUGAACAACCUGGGUGAAAUGAAGGCUAAAAAUAUGGAGGCCAUCAAAGCUCUUCUCGACAUUGCUGUUACGGAUGGCAACAACCUAAAGGGCUCAUGGCGCGAAGUCCUGCAAUGCGUCAGUCAACUUGAGCACAUGCAACUUAUUACCAGCGGAGUCGAUGUGGAUGCCGGUAGGAAAGGGCGAUUGCGGAAGCUCCCAGCCGAGGAGCUGGCGAACGAAAGUCGGUCGACGCACAUCACGGUGGCUGCAGAUAUGGUAUUUUCGCUUAGCCAUUAUUUAUCCGGAACAGCCAUUGUGGAUUUUGUUCGGGCGUUGUGUGAUGUGUCCUGGGAAGAGAUCCAGUCCUCGGGUCUCUCCCAGCAUCCUCGCUUGUUCAGUCUCCAGAAACUGGUUGAGAUAUCGUAUUAUAACAUGAACCGCAUUCGUUUGGAAUGGUCUAAUUUAUGGGAUAUCCUUGGAGAGCAUUUCAACCAGGUCUGUUGCCACAACAAUCCGCACGUGGGAUUUUUCGCUCUAGAUUCUCUACGCCAACUGGCCAUGCGGUUUUUGGAGAAAGAGGAAUUGCCCCACUUCAAGUUCCAGAAGGAUUUCUUGAAGCCAUUUGAGUACACCAUGGUGCACAACGCAAAUCCCGAGAUCAGGGAUAUGGUUUUGCAAUGUUUGCAGCAGAUGAUCCAAGCCCGAGUCCAGAACCUAAGAUCUGGGUGGCGAACCAUGUUCGGCGUAUUCACAGCGGCGGCGAAAGUGCUCACAGAACGGAUCGUCAACUCAGCUUUCGAAAUCGUCACGCGUCUCAAUAAGGAACACUUCUCGGCUAUAGUUCGGCAUGGCUCGUUUGCGGAUUUGACCGUUUGCAUCACCGACUUUUGCAAAGCGAGCAAGUUUCAAAAAAUCAGCCUUCUGGCGAUCGCCAUGUUGAGGGGCGUUAUACCCGUCAUGCUGGAAUGCCCGGAAUGUGCUCUGAACAACGACGUCGACCUUGCUAAGCAGUCUAUCGAUGACCCGAUGAUCAAAUUUUGGUUCCCUGUCCUGUUUGGUUUUUACGACAUAAUCAUGAACGGAGAAGAUCUGGAAGUCCGGCGGCUAGCCCUCGAUUCGCUAUUUACAACUCUGAAGACUUACGGUUCAUCAUACCCUGUUGCCUUUUGGGAUACAGUCUGCCAGGAGUUACUUUUCCCGAUUUUUGCGGUCCUGAAGUCGAGUCAAGAUCUAUCUCGUUUCAGUACGCAGGAGGACAUGAGCGUUUGGCUAUCAACCACCAUGAUACAGGCCUUGCGCGACCUCGUCGACCUGUACACCUUCCACUUCGAUAUCCUCGAACGCUUCCUCGACGGCUUACUGGACCUGCUCUGCGUCUGUAUCUGUCAAGAGAACGACACCCUUGCUCGUAUCGGCACGUCUUGCUUGCAGCAACUGCUCGAAAACAACGUUAGGAAACUCAGCCCGGCGAGAUGGGAGCGGGUCGUCACGACGUUCAUCCGUUUAUACAAGACAACAACUCCACAUCAACUCUUCGAUGAAAGUCUCCGGACGGAAAUCGACGGUAACACGUCAGAGGCACCUGAAAACGAGAACGAUGGCUCGACUAUUUUGCCAGCUCCGCUGUCUCCCAACAGCUCGAAGUCGAACGACGUCAUGUCAUUAUCCGAGCGCCGAAGGGUGUUCAAGCAGAUCAUAGUCAAAUGCGUGCUACAACUGCUACUUAUCGAGACCACGAACGAUCUCCUCAGGAGUAAACAAGUCUACGACACCAUCCCUCCUGAACAAUUAUUGCGCUUAAUGGCGGUUCUCGACCAUAGCUACCAGUUCGCACGAAUGUUUAACGAGGACAAGGAAUUGCGCACUGGCCUGUGGAAAGUGGGCUUCAUGAAACACUUGCCCAAUCUUCUCAAGCAGGAAUCAAGUAGCGCGUCCACGUUGGUGCAUAUAUUACUGCAAAUGUACUACGACCCGCGAGCAGACCAUCGAUCUGCGCGGCCACAAAUAGCCGAUAAGCUUUUACCUCUCGGGAUGGGUGUACUGCAAGACUAUAGCAAGUUGCGACCCGAUACCCAAGCGAAGAACAUCGCUGCGUGGACGCCUGUCGUGGCCGAGAUUCUACAUGGAUUCUCGCGGUUCGAUGAGAAGGCAUUCUCGAGAUACCUCCCCGCGGUGUACCCCAUUGCUGUCGAUAUUCUUGCCCGUGACCUGGCACCUGAAAUAAGGGAAGGAUUGCGCAGCUAUUUUUCACGUGUUGGUUAUGUUCAAGGGAUCAUGGAUUCGUCUUCAUAA